AUGCCCUUAGAAGAGAUACUCUCAAGACUUCCAUUGAAGUCUACGAGAGCAGUGAGAUCGACUUGCAAAAAGUGGGACUCUUUAUUCAAAAAUCGGAGCUUUAUUAGUAAAGCAGCAGCAGCAAGAGAAGGAGAGUCUCAGAUGGUCGUGUUGAUGGAUCACAAUCUUCAUUUAGUGAGCUUCUUCUUCGGCAGUGAUACUUCUGUAGAGAUUAAAGGUAAACGUAUUUGUCUAAACGACGAUUCAGAUUCAGAACAAGUCAAGAUAUCUCAAGUUUUUCACUGUGAGGGUUUGUUGUUAUGUAUCUUGAAAGAUGAUAACUUUAGUCUUGUUGUUUGGAACCCGUAUUGGGGACAAACAAGGUGGAUCAAACCCAGAUGUUCUUUCGAAAUACCCCAGGGAUGUGACAUGUACAGGUACGCUAUUGGAUACGACAACAAGAGACGCAACCACAAGAUCUUGAGGUUUAUAGAUUAUGAAUUCCAUUACCCUCGAGACAACGUUGUUUUGUGGUAUGAAAUCUAUGAUUUUGAGUCUGAUUUAUGGACGACUCUUGAUGUUACUACUCCACAUUGGUUGAUAAAUUGUGGUAACCGUGGUGUUACUCUCAAGGGAAACACUUACUGGUGUGCUAAAAAAAGGAACUCUGACCUUUUUCUCAAUGCUGAUCAUAUAAUCUGUUUUGAUUUCACAAGUGAGAGGUUUGGUCCGCUUCUGCUUUUGCCGUUUAGUGAUUUGGAUGGUGUUGUUACUCUAGCUUGUGUUAGAGAGGAGAAGCUUGCGGCUUUAGUUUGUCACGAGGAUGUUGUUGAGGUUUGGAUUACGAUUAAGAUUGAGGCCAAUGAGGUAUUGUGGAGCAAGUUCUUGACAGUGAAUGUUGAUUUGGGUGAUGAGAUUCCGAGUUCACUGACAUAUGGUAGUUUUUUCAUCGACGAGGAGAAGAAAGUUGCUAUGAUUUUUGAUAAAACUUUGGAUCGCGGCGACACAGUUCACAUCAUGGGAGAGGCUGGAUAUGGUGGACAAGUUGAUCUCGGAGAACCGGUUAAUAAAAGACGUUGCCCACUUGUGUGCUCUUAUGUUCCGAGUUUAGUGCAAAUCAAGAAACCUGCAGGAUUCCAAAGGAAACAGCAAAGCAAGUUAGAAAAGCGUCAAUAUGUUCGAAACAUAUCGAAACUUCGCGCACUUAAAACCCAAAGUUCUUGGACAUUAAGUAUGUCACUUGAAUGUCAUCAACAGUAA